AUGCUCACCCCCCUCUGUCGCCCACGCUCACUUCCCGAUUGUCGCCGACGCGCACUCCCCUCCGUCACAGACGCGCAUCCCCUCCGUUGCCCAGAGUCACUCCCCUUCAUCGCCACGCUCACUCCCCUCCGUCCCACAUGCUCGCCCAUGCUCACCUUUGAUUCCACACGUCCUCUCCCAUCUCCGCCUCCCCAAAUCUCCGCCUCAUCCCAGCUCCGCCUCACCCCAUCUCCGCCUCUCCCCAUCUCCGCCUCUCCCUAUCUCCGCCUCAACCCAUCUCCGUCUCACCUCAUCUCCCCCUCAUCCCAUCUCCCCCUCACCUCAUCUCCGCCUUACCUCCUGUCUGCCUCAUCCCUUCUCCCCCUCACCUCAUCUCCGCCUCACCUCAUCUCCCCCUCAUCCCAUCUCCCCCUCACCUCAUCUCCGCCUCACCUCAUCUCCCCCUCAUCCCAUCUCCCCCUCAUCCCAUCUCCCCCUCACCUCAUCUCCGCCUCACCUCGUCUCCGCCUCACCUCACCCGUCGUUCAUCUCUGCCUCAUCCCUUCUCCCCGGACCUCAUCUCCCCCUCAUCCAUCUCCCCCUCACCUCAUCUCCGCCUCACCUCAUCUCCGCCUCACCCCGUCUCCGCCUCACCUCAUCUCCCCCUCAUCCCAUCUCCCCCGCAUCCCUUCUCCCCCUCACCUCAUCUCCGCCUCACCUCAUCUCCGCCUCACCCCAUCUCCCCCUCAUCCCAUCUCCCCCACAACUCAUCUCCGCCUCACCUCAUCUCCACCUCAUCCCAUCUCCUCCUCAUCCCAUAUCUGCCUCCCUCUUCCAAACCCAUGCUCUCCCCAUCCCUCCUCUCCCAUGCCUCCACUCCCCAUCCAUCCUGUCCCCAUCCCUCCUCUCCCGACUCCUCCUCUCUCCUUGUGGUGCAACUCAAGACACACGAGCGCCUCCCUCAUCUCUGCUCCCGUAGCCUCUACCCAUCCCUCCUCUACCCAUCCCUCCUCUACCCAUCCCUCCUCUACCCAUCCCUCCUCUACCCAUCCCUCCUCUGCCCAUCCCUCCUAUACCCAUCCCUCCUCUGCCCAUCCCUCCGCUGACCCCACCCCUCCUCUCCCCAUAUCUCCUUUCCCCAUCCCUCCUCUUCUGAUCCCGCCGCUUCCCAUCCCUCCUCUCCCAAUUCCGCCACUCCCAAUUCCUCCUCUCCCAAUCCCUCCCAUCCCACUUCGUCCGCCCCUCAUCCAUCCUCCUGUCCCCAUCCCUCCUCUCCCAAUUCCUCCUCUCUCCGUCCCUCAGCUUCCGACUCCUCCGCUCCCCAUCCCUCCGCUCCCCAUCCCUCCGCUCCCCAUCCCUCCGCUCCCCAUCCCUCCACUCCCCAUCCCUCCACUCCCCAUCCCUCCACUCCCCAUCCGCCUCAUCCCAUAUCCGCCUCAUCCCAUAUCCGCCUCACCCCAUAUGCGCCUCACCCCAUAUCCGCCUCACCCCAUAUCCGCCCCACCCCCUCGCAUCCCACUCUCCCCCACUCUCCCCCACUCUCCCCCACUCUCCCCCACUCUCACCCACUCUCCCCCACUCUCCCCCACUCUUGCCCCUCUCUUCCCAUUUGAGCACGGCGUUCCUUAUGCCAUGCAGUGGCAUCACACUUCAACGGCCGCGUUCUCUUGUUACCACCUCUCCCCAUCCCCUUUCCAGCCCAUCCCCUUCUCUCCCCAUCCCCACUUCUCCCCAUCCCCUUCUCUCCCCAUCCCCACUUCUCCCCAUCCCCUUCUCUCCCCAUCCCCUUUCCUCCCCAUCCCCUUCUCUCCCCAUCCCCACUUCUCCCCAUCCCCUUUCCUCCCCAUCCCCUUCUCUCCCCAUCCCCACUUCUCCCCAUCCCCUUUCCUCCCCAUCCCCUUCUCUCCCUAUCCCCACUUCUCCACAUUCCCUUCUCUCCCCAGCCAUUUCCAACCCCACCCACAUCCCUUCAACGCCUUCCAAGUGUCACCCUACCACCCCUCCUCCCUACCUUUGUUGGCCCUCACUUCUCUUUGCCUAUGCCUUUCCCCCCACCCCUCACUUAUUCCCUCUGUGUAG